UAUUAUUAUAUUAUAUAAGAACUAUAAAAUAGGUUUUUGCUUUGUAGAACAGUCGGCAGAAGCUUUGAUUCCUUUUGUUUUUCCUUCGUUUUCGUUUUGACGUCAAGUUUCAACGUCUCGUUUGGUCGUCAUCUUCUUUUUCGUUUGGCCUCCCAAUCUCCCAAGCAGACCGAACCAGAGAUUUCCAACCCAAAUUCAAAGCCUCCUCAAGCUCCAGGUACGAAUACUAAACGACUGAAUGAGUGAAAGUCUUUCAAUUGAAGUUCUGCAGGAGGAAGAACAAGAAAAUCUUCCAUUCAUUCCAGAGAAGUUUCGAUAUAUAUAUUUUUCCUGAAUCUUUUUGUUUGUUUGGAAUUGUUAGUUUGAUUGUUUAUUGUUAAGAAGACAUGGGAGAGAGGAAAGUGUUGAACAAGUACUACCCGGCGGAUUUUGAUCCGGCAAAGAUACGAAGACAAUCUAAGAAACAACAGAUUAAGGUUCGGAUGAUGCUUCCCAUGAGCAUUCGAUGCAACACCUGUGGUAAUUAUAUCUGUAAAGGGACCAAGUUCAAUUCGUGUAAAGAAAACGUCAUUGGUGAGACAUAUUUAGGAAGAAUUCAGAUAUCUAGAUUUUAUGUAAAGUGUACCAAGUGUUCGGUCGAAAUUACAAUAAAAACAGAUCCGCAAAACUCGGAUUACAUUGUUGAAACUGGUGCAACGCCAAAUUUUGACCAAUGGUAUGGAGAGGAUGAGGGAGUAGAGAAUAAGAAACGCAAAAGGGAUAAUAAAGAGAUGGGAGAUGGAAUGAGAUCUUUGGAGAAUAGAACUUUGGAAUCAAAAAGAGAGAUGGACAUCAUCGGUGCAUUGGACGAACUAAAGUCCAUGAAGUCAAGACACGCAGUUAUUAGUGUGGAUGCAAUGCUUGAGGCCCUGAACAAGGAGGAAAAGCAAAAGAAGUUGGAAGAAGAGGAUGAAGCUCUUAUUAUAGUUCGGAGAUCCAAAGUUGUCCGAAGGAUUGAUGAUAAAGAUUUUAGUGAUGAUGAGGAUUUCAGAGACAAUGGGAAAACAUCUAAAGUUUCUGAAUAUGUGCCUGGGACAAAAACCAACGUUGUUAAUAGCUCUAACAUCAAAGGAGCACCUAGCAGUAUUGGUAAAUUUAUUUUUAAGUUUAAAAGUAAUGGGUUGCAGUUGCUAUGUCAACAUUAAGACUAGUAGUUGUAUUUAAUCUAGAGAUUUAAUUAAUUUUGGUACCUAAUAAAUUGUGUGUAAAUUGUGGUUUUUUG